ACGGUAGAAAUCUUCCGGAAGAGGAAGAGACGGGAGCGAGCAGAGAGAGACUCGAAGAACGAUGGGCGCCUUGGUGAGGACGCUGCCGUGGCUACUCGCCGGUUCUGUGCUUCUCGUCGCCCUCUCCGUGCCCCUCGUCGGCUCGUGGCUGCGCACGAAGCGCUACGUCUUCGAGCCCGAAGAGGUGGCGAGGGUGGCAAAGAAAUAUGCGGGGCUGGACCACGACGCGGCGUUCGGAAAGGUCGUGGCGGAGCUGCGGCGGACGCAUCCGGGGCACGUGCUGCCCGACAGCGAGAUGCAGUGGGUGUUUGUAAAUGCAGGCGGUUGGAUGGGCGCCAUGUACCUCCUGCACGCAUCCCUCACCGAGUACGUGCUGCUCUUCGGCACGGCGGUCGAUACUUCCGGGCACUCCGGCCGCUACUGGGCGAACAUCUCUGACACGAUCAUAUCAGGGACGUUCCGCCAGUGGAAGGAGGGCACCACGAAGAGCGAGGUAUUCUACCCAGGCGACACGAUCGUGCACGGCGCGGGCGAGGCGACGUCCGUGCAGUGGACGGCCGGCACAUGGAUGGUGGAGUACGGACGCGGCUUCAUCCCGUCCACGCUGGGCUUUGCGCUCGCCGACACACUCUUCAGCACGCAGGACUUUCUCACCGUAUUCUGGACGCUGCGCGUGUACGCACGCGCCCUGGCGCUCGAGAUCACCACCGAGCUGCGUGACGCCGGCCUGCUGUGACGCGUGACGUCGCCACCCCCCACCACACCCGCAAUGGGAAAGCGAUCGGUAGUCGGAGGGGUGGCAACAGACAGUGUGGUGGGGAGGUGGGGCAAAGAAGAUGCAGGGCACACGGUGCAAGCAAGUUCCAGUCCUGCACGAACCCUAAUUCGCCAAUAAGUCCACCAGUACCGGCCAUCCCACUGGUCCUAAUCCGAACUAGCAAACUUUCCAACCAGCCACCCACUCCUACUGCCCUCCCACUGGCCAUAAACCCAACCUACCCAACGAGUUAACCAGAAACUACGAUGGACACUAGGUUAAGUUAAAUAGCCGAGUGUGGGGCUCUUGGAAAGUUAAAGCGUUCGCUGCCGAGCCCAAACCUAGCACCCAUUAAUCUAUCCACAUAAAAAUCCAACGAAAGAGGAAGUGAAUCGAGGCACAGGCGGUAUUGACAAACGGUGAAUGAGUCUCACCCCCGACUUGCCUCGUGUCCUUCGUAGUACCAGCCCCUCCACUCACCUUAGUAACUAGCCACCAGUACAAGGCCUCUUGCUGAUCUUAAUCGAAUCCAAUUUGACAACUAGCCACCCAUUAUCCAGCUCUUCUUAUCCCCUACCUCCUGCACUGUCAUGGCCCCCUUUCACUUGAGCGUUGCUUCUCUGUUGCGGUGUUCACUUGUCUACGUGUGUGUGCGCGAAUUGUCCCAUUGCACGUCACAAGGGAGGCGCUGCAAAUCUGCACUUUGAUCCCCCCCCCCCUGCGGGUCACGUGGGGGACUGUGUGAUUGGCUGGUCAAGUCUGCUGCGUUGAUAUUCCUGCUGUUUAUAUGUCGGUCAUGGAUUUUCUGUCUGCAGUCCUCGCAAAAGGAAUCCUCACUGGGCUUCUAGAUUUACGACCGCCCUACAUUAUAGGAUGUAUCACGAGUUGAUGUCUGGUCACUGAUGACUGAACAGAAAAAAAUCCCAUUGCAUUACAUUUGGUUGGGCGCGUAAUUUGGCGAAAUUCCGGCUCUAUUGAAUUAAAAAAUAUAUUUUUCACUCGUGCGACCAAAAUUACUCUCAUGGCAGAGCGUGUGGAAAAGUGCUGGCCUCUGCUGUGUACCAGGGAGGGCUGUACUGUCCACUUCCAUGGGGCCACUCGAAAGUCCACAUUGGUUGCGCCAUCUCUGCAACAGAUCCAAAUGAAGAACCUAGUCUAAUGACAUUGCAACGAUUGCACGGUCGGGAUAUAAUUGGUGGAAAUGCAAUAAAAUGUUCAAAGGUAGGAUGGGCGAACUGCAGGUUGAAGUUCCUGUGUGACUGCACACCGAGAACCUUUUGGGGGGGCCCUCUAUUUGACUUAGCGGUCAACGUCCAACCCUGUGCAGUGUUGAGAGGCUGACUUUAAUCCACGUGUGCCAGCGCUCAUGGGCAAGUCACCAAGGUGGCUUUUUGACUGAGCAGAUCUCAUGCUGUGUUGGUUUGAGGGCUGCAUUGCUCCUGGCCCUGUGUAUUGAAAGCUGCUACCUACCCCAAAAGUCGUUGCUGUUUUGUGUUUAACGUCUGAUCAUAUCUGAGCCACAAGCAAGGGAACUGUGACAAACUAAAGCAUUUAAUAAUUUAUUUUAGAAUACCUGAUUACUCUUAAUUAAUCGGUGAUGUCCAAUUACUUAUUUGCAGUGGUGUGGAAACAUGCUGCUAAUGAGCUCACAAGGUGGGCGGGACCCAUUGGUAAUUGGUUUGCGGCUGGUUAACUUACCAGUGGUGGCAUAACCAGGCAUUGAACAAUUCAGCUUGGCAACACUAUUCGAGUAUUUCGUGACUUAGUCGUCGUGCGUGCGAUGUCCAUGAAGCACUUGUGUGUAGUACAACGAAUUGACUUUAAUAUUAAGCGUUGCAUUGUUAAGUGGCUAACCAAACGCCGCCACUGCUGAAUGUCUCCCCCCCCCCCAUCCCAUGCUGUUUGCCGUCGUUUCCCUGGGGGGAGGGGGACACGGAUGGAAAGAGCAAUAGCGACCACGUGUCACGGCUUGUGCUGCUUUGCCUGGUCAGGUUCCCCCCACCCACUGUCCAGCUGCUCAGGCCUGCCUGCCUGAUAGGUUUGGGGCAUAGGGUGGGUUUUGGGGGGGGGGUUGACUGCUGCUGGGUGUUGGUGUGUCCUGUUGGUUUACAAAACAUUUGUCUCGAUGACGUGGGGGGGGAUUAUGUAGGUGUAAUAAACGAGUCAUCCAUGGA